GCGUGGUUUCACCACGGGUGGAGGUCACUGUUGUCGGGCAGAACAAGGUCGACGGCGUACCUUUCAGUGUGUCUGGUCAGGUUUUAGACAUGGAUAUCAACAAGCCCAGAAGCGCUAACCAGACCUUACCUUCUUUGAAGUUGUCAAAUGGAUACAUCUUACCUGAGGGCAAAUUGACUCCUAAUGCCCUCUUUGUUGGCGGGAUCGACAUGAAGGUGGAUGAAAAUGAAAUCCGGGACUUCUUUGCAAGAUAUGGUACUGUUAAGGAAGUAAAGAUUAUCACAUACCGUGGAGGAAUCUGCAAAGGUUAUGGAUUUGUGUACUUCAGUGAAGAUGUCAACAUUCAGUCAAUCAUUGAGCAACAGAUCAGUUUUAAGGGACGGAAACUCAAGUUGGGCCCUGCCAUCAUGAAAGAAAGGGUCUCUCGGUCGAUGCCGUCGCGUCUGGUUGGCCCCGCUCCUUGGGUGAAUCCCACCCAGUACUUCUACUGUGCUUGCUGCUCACCCAUAGGAGGUGGGGUCCCACAACCUUCGCCCAUCAUAAACGGAGGCAACCCAUACAAUCAGCCAUACUCCUAUGCCAACUUUGGAGGGGUCAUGAUCCCGCAGAUGCCAGUGAAUUACGCGCAGAAUGCCUAUGCCUAUCAGUACACCCCACCUCCCUGGACGGCGGACCAGAGGACACGGCCUGUCAAUCAGAGUUUUGUGGACUGUGGAGUCCAGACCAUGCUGACUGUGCUGUAGUCCACAGCUACUGAGAACCAUGCCAGGCCUCAGGGAGUCAGAAUUUAGACAAGAUUACACCUUGAUUCUCUGGACAUCUGAAGUAACCCAACUCUUCAGGCUGUUUUCCAAAUGCCCUCGCCUCUCAUUCCGUGCCUCAAACGUUUGAGAGCCAUUUUAACACCAAACUGCAUGAUCUUUACACUUCAGCUAAUCUGAUCCCACAACUACAAUUUGUAGUGCUGACCUGCAGUCAGCUGCUUUUAACCCACAUGGAUCACAGUGACGGCACAGGAAGAGCAGAGCACCCUCACCAAACCAGCUGGCACAUGGGAUCACUUUUGGUUUUUUUGGUUUCUUUUUAAGUAUCCCAAACAUAGAACGGGACAACUUUUUUAAGCCCACUUUUUGUGCUUAUUUAUAUUUUAGUUUUAAUUUACUUUUGGAAUUAUUUUAAAUGUUUGGUUGGAGGGUUUUAUCCUGUGCUUGGGCUCUCUGUACAUAUGUAUAUAUUUGUAUAUUACUACAAUGUCUUGACCUCAAUCUUUUUCCAGCAUUGGCAUAUUUGUCUUCUAACUCAAGUUCCGGUCUAAUGCUCCUCAGAUUAAUAAUCUUCAUUAACUUGUUUACUAUAGCAUAAGAGCACUUGGUCAUUCCAUUAAUUUGAAGCGCACCACCCUCCUUUUUUUUCCUCUUUUUUUUUUUUGUUUAUUUAGAUUCAUGGGGUGUAGGUUGAGGCAGUAAACCAAUCUCAGUCGCCUCAUCAUUAUUACUUACUUCUCAUCUUCAUCAUUGGUCUAAUGUUUGUCCAGUGGUUCCAGGGUUCACACUCAAGGACAAUCACGGCAUAAUUUUUGUUUACAAUAACUCAACUAAUCAACUCAUACUUAAAAAAAUGAAGGACAUGAUUUAAAACAAUAUGCUGUAUUUCAUCUCUUUAAGACAAGGUUCACUGUUUGGGUUUAGUUUGUAUUUGUUUUGGGGUUUUAGUGCCGUUUACACAAAGUGUUACAGAUAUGGCAUAAUUGAGAAAUGUUUUUAGGCAUUUUUCCUCCAGCAAGUGCACUUAAAAUGUGUUUGAGGUUUAAUAGUAGAAGUAGCUUUGUGUGAUUGAAAAUGCACAUCGGUGUGUGGUGUACAUCACGGCUUUUCUUUGACCCAGUUCUGUGUAGUUUCAUAUGGAGAUUGACCUCUGAGGUCUUGUUGCUGUGCGCAGACAUGAUUGUGUUGUUUUGUUCAGAGAGCCUGGGCACAGCACUGUUAGGGUUGUUACUGUUGUUCGUGUUUUGCAGGGUUUGUUGAUAAAUAAAAGUUGAAAUGUGUUAUCAUUUGA